AUGGCUGCAAUCUCUCCGAUCUCCUUCCUCUUCUCCGUCCUCAUCCUCCUAAUCGCGCCAAUCCCAUCCACGGCGGGGAAACCACACGUCAUCAAGUUCCGAUCCCCCAAUCUCUACCCAGAGGGACUCGCCUACGACCGCUCCGCACAGCACUUCAUCGUCGGAUCCCUCCGCCACCGCUCGAUCCACUCCGUCUCCGACGCGGGCGUCGUCGACACCCUCAUCACCGACCUCUCCCUCCCUCCCAACGCCUCGAUCCUCGGCCUGGCCGUGGAUUCCGUCAACAACCGCCUCCUCGCCGCCGUCCACUCCAUGGCCCCGCUCCCAAUCUUCAACGCCCUAGCCGCCUACGACCUCCGCACCCGCCAGCAGCUCUUCCUCUCCCUCCUCCCCGACGGCGGAGCCACCGCCACCGCCGCCCGCCCCGUCGCGAACGCGGUGGCCGUCGACUUCAAGGGCAACGCGUACGUCACCAAUUCCUUGGGAACCGAGGAAGGGAACUUCAUCUGGAAAGUAGAUUCGGAAGGAAACGCGUCGAUCUUCUCCAGAUCGGAUAAAUUCACCGAAUCCCCCGUGGACCGCGACCUGCCGUACAGCGAAUCGGGGCUCAACGGCGUGGCCUACGUCAGCAAGGGGUACCUUCUCGUGGUGCAGAGCAACACCGGGAAGGUGUUCAAGGUCGACGAGGUCACCGGGGGAGCGAGGCGGGUGAUCCUGCCGGCGGAUCUGAUGCACGCCGACGGGAUCGCGGUGAGGAGGCGGGACGGGGCCGCGCUGGUGGUGUCGCACGAGAAGGUGUGGUUUUUGAAGAGCGACGAUAGCUGGGCGGAGGCGGCGGUGUUCGAUUCUGUGGAGCUGGAGGACAGGGAAGGGUUCGCGACGGCGGUGGCGGCGGCGGCGGAGGACAGGGCGUACGUGUUAUAUGGGAGCGUGAUGGAGGGCAUUUUGGGGAAUGUAGAAGUAGAGAGGGAGUGGUUUAGGAUAGAGGAGGUUCGGUCGGCGAAGGAGGGCGAGGGCGAGAAUGUAAUUUUGUAUGUUAUGAUUGGGCUGGGCCUGGCCUACUUCUUGUUCUGGAGAUUCCAGAUGAAGCAGCUCGUUCGCAACAUGGAUAAAAAGACCACUUAGUAGAUGUUGGGUCUUGGUUUGGAUCAAGAGAACUGAAAUUUUUGGCCCCGAUCAUUGUAUUACGAGCUUCAUAGGCCUUCUAAUUAUCAGUUUAGACAAAGUUGAAGCCCAUAAAUGUAAGAUGAAGAUUAUUAUUUUUACGGGUCUACCCUUAACUCAAUUGAUAUGAGACAAUGGUGGCGGCAAAUAGUUAAUAUU